AUGUGGGGGCGAAACAAAGGCAGCGCUUCUUCCCCGGGACAGAAGAUGUCCCCUCAGCAGCGCCACAGCGCUGUGGUCUGGGUGUCUGUGACGCGGGCGAGCAGCUGUUUCCUGGCGCUGCUGCAGCUUGGCGCGUCUGUCCGGAUGUUUCCACCACAGCGUGCCACAGCGCCACGGGCUUCCACAGAGGCCGGGCCGCCCAAGCGCUGCCUCCCUGGGCUGCUGCUCCAAACACUGCCCGUCCUCACCGAGGACAGCGUUAAGGCCAGAGGGACAGCUUACACCGGAUUCCUGGGCGAAGGACAGGAGUCGUGGGUGGAGCCAUAUUGUUUGGCGAGUUCAUCUAUCAAUAAAACUAACUCACCCAAACAGAGCUUCUCUGGACUGCAGCAGUCACUGUCCCAGUGUUGGCUCUACCCCCUUCUGGACGUUCCCGCGGCUUCUGAGAGGGAGCGGAACAGCGAGUGCGGAAAAACGUCCACGGCCUUUACUUUCCGCAGCAACAGAAACACUUGCAGAUGGUGGACAGACUGUCUUAAGUCUCAAUUAAACAAUUUUGUCUCAAUCCUCACCACAGUCGACAAACCUGCUGCUCCAGACUUUAAGACUUAUGUAAUAUUUCCUCUCCUGCACCACUUCCACUAAAAUAAAUAUUGAGUCAAAGUAA